UAUGAUGGCGCCAAAUAUUAAUCUGUCGACAUAAGAUUAAAUUAAGGAUUUUACGUACUUCAGAAAUACAGUCGGCUUAGCGAUAUUGAGUUCAAUUUGAUAUUCUACAUUGUUGGUGUUUGUACUAACUAUGAUGGGCUGGGUGACAGUACCAUGAUGUCUGUCAAAUCCCGGACUUUGUGAAAAGGAAGCAAAUGAUAAACACCAACAAUUGUACGGUGAGGCGUUUCACUACAUCGGGUUGGAAAUGACGGAGCUGAGGAUAUUGUGUUUGUGGAUCUUUAACAUUACGUGGAUAUCUGGUCAAUAUCUUACCGGAGAGAAUAUUUGUAGAAAUGAAACAUUUUUGAUAUGCUGCAAAGAUUAUGUAGAAGUUGGAAACAUCUGUGUGGAAUGCGAGCCCGGAUACUGGGGCUAUAACUGCUCCUCGCCCUGUCCACCUAAUCACUACGGACGUAAAUGUAACCAGAUAUGUGACUGUUCAUCAUCAGAGUACUGUGACAGAGGGUGGGGCUGUUUGUGUAAUGAGACCAGUCCAAACUGUACAAAUACAGAAACGGAGGCAACAGCAAAAAACCCGUAUGGAGCUGAUCAUACAGUCAACCACGCCGAUGACUCAGGCAAUAGUGCAGGUAAUAGCACUGGUGAUAAAACAGCUAACAAAAGAUAUCUUAUGAAUGUUGUCCUUCCUUGCCUAAUGUCAGCUAUACUUAUUCUACUGAUUGGCAUCUCAAGUUUAAGACUUUGGAACAAAUUCAAACGGAGAAGAGUUGAGAAAGAAACACAGGAACUGGACGAUAUUCCUGAGUUACACAACGAUGAACCCUCCUCUCCUAGUGUUUUACAGACUCCGCGGACUGGAGAGCGUCAACCGGAAGACACAUAUGCUCACACGACAUUUGGGAUUUACAACCAUGUAAGUCUGAGAGUACAAUACAGCAAAGAAUCUGUUUAUGAUACAGGGAAAAGACCGGAUAUAGACGAAUCUCCACCAUGUCCAGGACUACCUCCGGAUACGAUCUUUGAACAGGACGAGGAACCAGUUCACGACAGACAAAAAGAUAGUCAAUCAGAAUCUGAUGAUUCAGAAAACGAGUACUUUAACGUGAGUUACGCAAGGCAAGUGUUAUGUAAUGUACAAGAAUCGUCUGGACAAACAUCCUCGUUGACAUCAAAUUCGAGUAUAGAUAAUGAAGACGUUUCUGAUUAUGUUAACUGGGAAAGCAUGCAAGAGGGACACUUUUAUGGUAGUGAGGUGUAUUCUUGCAAUGAAGACGUAAUGUUACAUAAACAGCAUUAAGUGAGAAUUCCAGUGACUAAAUUUGUAAUUAGAAUAUAACAUAAAAAUGAUGUUAAAAUGUGAAAGAAUAGAAGAUAGAUGUAAUGAAAUGGACAUAUUUCUUCCGUAAUGAUAUAUAUAGUAUUAGAGAUGAGUGCUGUUACGGAAAUUAUUAGUAUAUGUUUACUGCAAUUAAUGUUUAUUUUUCUUGUCAGGAUGUCAUAUAUGAAGUAAGUACGGUUUUUAAUCAAACUAUAUUUCAAUGAAAUAUUGAAGAUUUGCAGCAAAACUCUGUUGAGUAUUUCUCGAUCUCAUAAAUCACUACAAGUAUUUUUUUCUUAAAAGAAAUGUAUGCUUCCCCAUGGAACUUUUCAAAGGUAUUUUUCUCCCAGUUAUGUGAGAGUAUUCUGUGAUAAAGGUAAAUAAAAGUCUGCUAGAUGAACAGCUUUCAUUUUCAUGGAAAGAAAAGGAAUGGUUGUCAGUUAGGGUUGAGGAGAUUUAUCUGCGAAUGCUUUUUGUGGAACAGUAUUUUACUUUAAAUGCAUCAAUUGAUAAAUUUUUAAUUCUGUGUAAGAAUCAUACAAAUGAUAAUGUAUUGAUGGUAAGGAUGUAUUUUUGCAUAUUUGAUAUUUUAUUUAAUACCACAUUGGACUGCAGUUUUUGUCUACUUAGAAAUGAUACUGUUUCAUUUGAUUAAGGACAGAUAUACGUAUUAUAUUCGUUUGAACAUAUUCUGCUUAUGUAGCAUAUAAGGAAUUAAUGUUCCUAUUCUAACAUUAUUUUGGCGAAAACUUUUUUAAAAUCUGGAAUACAUAACAUAACGAAAAGUGAUAUCGUUCUGAUGACAUCAUAUCGAAAAACACUCAAGACUGGUACCUUUUGUUCACACGACAGAGUUAUCCAAAUUCUGAAGGGCAAGGAACACCUGUAAGUGAAUCAUGGCAAACAAGGUCAAUACAGAUAUUUAUCUCUUGCUUGAUUGGUUUGUUUUACGUCCCGUCGAGAAUUUUUCACUCCCGUUGAGAGAUCACCAGCUGCUGGAGAAGAACCGCGAAUUUAGACCUACAUGUAUGCUUAGCACUAGGGACCGUAGCAGGGAGGUUCUUUAACGUGCCAAUGUAUGUCGCGACACAGCUGGACCUCAAUUUUUAACGUGAAAUCCGAAAGACCCGAGAUUCUAGCCUCUGUAUUCCGAUCAUUUGGCGAAGGAACAAUCAGCAUCUAUGUCUACGUCUCAGUACGAGUGAGGCUCGAACUUCCGGUUAGGAAGCGAACGCAAUACGAUUGAGCUACCUCGACCACACCACGUGCUUAGGAGCUAAAUGUAACAUUUGAUUUUCCCAAUAUUUGGCAAAAAUGAAUUACCAAUUCCCCAGUUGAUACGAUAGGUUAUUAUUUUUGACUAUCGAAUGAAAGAUUAUGUCUCUAAUUACUUUCGACAAAGUCUUGCUCUCUACCUGCUGUAAGAUGGAUGGUCAACCUCCACUGGUAUCGUUUCAUAAGCUCUAGUAGCUGGUGUUGAUGUUUGAUUCAAUCAUAUGAUUUAAUUACAAUUAUAACACGCAAUUUGAUUGACUCAAUACGCUGAAAAAAUAUUGUAUCAACUAACUUGCUAUGGAGACAUGCCCUUAAAACAAUGUUACGGAACUACAUUUUAGUAUUACUUCCUGUUUACAUAAGAGACCAUAAUAAAACAAGGAUAAAAAGUACACACAUUUCC